UUCUCGAAAGGUGCAUAAAUCUGGAUUUGUCUUGGAGAGGUAGUAGCAGCCUGCUAGAACUAAAUCGAUCAAAAAUUGAUGAAGAGUUUAAUGAAAAAAAAGAAAAACAAAUUGUGGAAUAUAAAGUGAGUUGAGUGGAUCUGAACCUGAGAAAUAAGCUCCUGCUUUGACUGGACGAUUUCUGCAUUCUUUAACAACAUCGACACCUACAUCUUUAUAAUCAAGUUGUCCGUGACGAUGUGGAUUCCUACAUCGAGGGAGAUUUCCAGUGGGUUGAAAUAGCAGUAGAAAUUGUCACGAGCGACUGGUGUAGCUUUAUAUAAAAUUUUAAAGGUUUUUUCGAGAAGUUUCUACAUUGAGGGGAAGUUUUCGGACGUGGGAGGAGAUAUGGAAGGCCAGCAGGUCAGAGCAGUAUACGACUUCUCUGGAGAGGCAGGAACCGCUGAGUUGUCGAUAACAGCCGGUGAAAUUCUCACUGUAAUUCGGGAGAAUGUGGGUGAUGGGUGGUGCGAAGGAUACAAUCAGCACAACAAAUCAGGGCUCUUUCCGGCAGCAUAUGUCGAAGCCGUUGAAAGCCCAGCCCCUGCAGCUAUGACCCAGAGCUCAGGAGACUAUUGGGAUGACGACUGGGACGAUGAUUCGGAAGUUGGACAGACCCAGGCCUACGUACCCCCCGCAAAUACUGAAUACAAUCGAAUAUCCGGGCAAUCGAGUCUCGAUAAUGCUUCAAUGCAAGCCAUCCACUCGGUCAUACCGGAGAGGACAAUUCCAAAUGUACCAAAGAAAAAUAAUAAAUUCUCAACGCUUAUAAAAUCUGGAGAGGAUAGCUAUCUUCUGGGAAACAGAACAGUUCCGGUUCCGGAGAGUGAGAAGGUUUUUAUCGAGGAAACGGAGGAUGGCCGGUGUAUGUGGCUGCCAACGGGAGAGCAUUAUAGUUGCAUCAUAACGUCACCGAAAAAGGAGUCGAAACUCAAGGGUCUCAAAAGCUUUAUAGUUUAUCAACUUACGCCCACGUUUAAUAACAUCCAAGUCUCUCGAAGAUACAAACGCUUUGACUGGUUGCACGAAAGACUAGAAGAGAAAUUCUGCUUUAUAUCGAUUCCCCCCCUCCCGGACAAACAAAUAUCCGGAAGAUACGAAGAACAAUUCAUUGAGCAUCGACGAACGCAACUCCAGGAAUUUGUUGAUUAUGUCUGCAGACAUCCCGUUCUAUCUCGCAGUCGAGUUUGGGAGCAUUUUAUAACGUGUACAGAUGAAAAACGCUGGAAGGCUGGAAAACGAGCAGCGGAGAAAGAUGAACUGUUGGGGGUAAAUUACUUCAACGCGAUUCAGUGUUCAGACACCUCACUAGAUGCCAUUAAAGUUGACAUUCAAAUCGAUGCUUUUUCGCGAUUUAUCAAUGGGUUGGAUCCCGUUGUUAAGAAUUUUAUGGCUAUGGCUAUGGAUCAGGGGAAGAAACAUCAAGGAUUGUACAAACGAGAAUUCCAAAAAAUCGGACAAUCUUUUGUUUCACUUGGGCACGCUUUGGAGGGAGACGUGGGUAGACUCACUCAAGCUUUAAAAUUAACUGGAGAAGCGUAUAAUGAUAUUGGCAAGUUGUAUGAGGAUCAACCUAAGUUUGACUGGGAACCCCUUGCAGAUAAGUUUCACAUAUACAGAGGAAUUAUUGGAGGAUUUACUGAUGUUAUAGGUAUUCACAAGAGCGCGGUGCAAAAAAGAAGAGAUUGUGAACGUUUGGUAACUGAGCAUAAAAUGGAAUCAAAUCAACUGCGAGAGCUUUCGCGAAAAACCGAUGUCAUAGCCCGAACUCUAAUGGCUGAAGAAGUACAUUUCCAAACAGAACGAGAGGUGCAUAUCCAACAAGCCAUGAAGAACCAUCUCACUGAGCAAAUUCGUUUUUACCAAAAUAUUGUAGCUAAGUUACAAGACGCGCUGGCAGCUUACGAUGCAUGAGAUGAUAUUAGACGGAAAAUUCAUCCCUGUUAUUAUUUCUUGUUAUUAUUACGCCACUCUACACUGCAUUUCAACAAGUAUUAUGAAACAUUUUCAUGCCAUCGUGAGAGAAUACAAAUUUUCCUUUUGAAAAUUUAUAAGUGUUAAUAACUAUUGAUUUUAAAAAAUCUUUAACGCUGGGAUUGUAUAUAUCCAAAUAAUAAUGUAAUACCAAUCAUAAUUGUCAUUAAAAUAAAGACAAAAAAUGUCACAAAUUUUCACCUGC